GGCAACUCUCAGCUAUCAGGUGUCAGGACUAUAAACUGAAGUUUACUCCGAAAACUUCAGGGUGUGUUUUGCUGAUUACAUGGCUCUCCUCACCAAUGUCACUAUCCUGCUGGUCCUGGCUUGUAUUUCUCAUCAGCUGGUGUUGAGCAGCUGUCAUAAGAGCCAUGGACGGAAAGGAAGAGGGGUGGACAGAGGACAGCACAAGGACAAGCCAGGGCUAAAGGUGGGCCGUCAACCCAAAUCUGCCUCUGCACAGCCCAUUAAGGGCAAAAUCGUUACCAAAGACAAAUCAGAUUGUACCUGGGCAGCAACAGGUGAGGACAUCUUCAUCCUGGGAGUCACCUGCAAGAAGGGAGACAGGAGAUUCAGCUGUGAGUACAUCGCCAGACCAGCUGUGUGUCCCCAGUACACCUCUAACGUCAAACUUUACUGGAAGCAAAUGGCCAGGGCGCUGAAGAAGCAAAAGAACUUGUGCCAGGACAGUAACGCGUUGGUUAAGGCCGGUAUGUGCAGAAGAGCUGCCAGAGAUGCUCAUUUCAGACUCCACGAUGCACAGAGGAAGACUGACUCGCCCUCCAUGCCACUGCCCCCACCCAGAGCUGUCAAGUCCUGUCAACCGAACAACAAGAAGCUGGCAGAGGAGUACUGCAACGACUCCUGGUCGAGCGUUUGCACAUUCUUCUUUACUAUGGUGCAGGAUUAUGAUUGCUGA